AUGGAAGUUCAUUCUCACCCAGUACAGCAUGGAGUGAACGAGGAGAAUGUACAGACUCGUGACUCCGCUAAUCAGGAACUGCUUCCGGACUCUCCUGAGGCUACGAAUGCGGGUGCACAAGCAGGUACUAAGGAGAAUGCACACUCACCUCCCAACGACGUCCAAGACGAUGUCAGCAUUUCGAGUGAAGACCUUAUGGAUGCAAGGGUGUUGCAACCAGUUGAUUUCCAAAAACCUGAGCACUACCCACACUUCUUUGAAGCUUGCAAAGAAAAGGGACCCAAGUAUGCCCGAGUGGCAGCACUUUACACGGAGACCCUCGAAAAUCGCGUUGGCGUGCUAGAAAAAGAGUUACUAGAAUUACAUUAUGAGGUCGGUUCCAAGGAGAGACCCUAUGAGAAAAGCAAUGGCGAUAAAGCAACUCUCGACUCACCGUGUGCCGACCCGUUGCCUCUGAAAGUCAUGCAAUUAAGCUUGAACUAUUGGAAGAAUGGUCGGCAAUAUACGAAAUGGGACAAAGCUUCUAUUUUCUUGGCUACUACUACGGAAACGUCCUCUUCUCAGCUUGAAUUUACUCACUCCAGCACUCAUAGCCAAGGAACGAGUCAUCGACUUACCGACAAAAGGAUGAAUUACGACAAGAAAGGCGACGUGGCGGACACUCAACGUCCAGGGUUCUCGGAUAUCGCAAGGCUCACGUUCAGAUCUCCGUGGCCAUUGAUAUUGAUAGAGCUAUUGAGCGGCGAACAUAUUCGCCCAUCCGAAACGUGGAUCUACCCUUUUAAGCACAUCAUUGCUUACGAGAAACAAAUCCGAAAAUGUGUGGAACUACUGAACGAAAUCAACGUAGAUGAUGUUGAGGCACAGACCUUGCCUCAUAAUCUGAACAAGAUUGUUAGUGAGGUAGUCAGCAUUUUGGGCCCGAAGAGAGACGACGUCGAAUAUUCGGAUGACUACGUCUCCAAUGUCUUGCAGAAAAGUAACGCUCUCAACAAUCAUUAUCUGAAGGUAGAACAAAGCUCGCCAAAAGACAAGGAAGAGGAGCUCGAAGACAAUUCUGAAGCGGAAUCCGGUAUGUCCAGCGUGUCUCCAGUUGAUGACCCGAAUACCCAGAUCUCGGAGCGAUCAAAUCUGUCACCAGACGCGAACCCGAUCCCAGAGGAAGUUCCCUAUGUGUGCACAUGCCUUAGAGAUGCCAGAGACCACCUGGAGCUGCUUGUCAACACGAUUGAUUCGCGUUUGGGGUCACUGCUGACACUGCGUAAGGCCAUUCGUGACCGAGCAAUCUCAAAUCUUAGAUUUGAGCACCUCUGGCAUCUUUUUCAGCCGGGCGACCUCGUGGUGACUUCUAGGCAGCCUCACCAAGCCUACCGUGUUAUUCACGUCAGUGGGGGUCGGCCAUUAUUGACGACUACUGACAUUGCACGUGGAGAUAAAGAUGCUGAAACAAGACGAACUGGACCUUCCGCUGAAGUCUUCCGCCGACAGUCCCAGGUAUCGCUUUUCAACAUCGACUGUGUCAGAUUUGAUUUUGAUGGCGAGAACUUUGGUCCUGUACAGGAGACUAUCAGUAUACUCGAGUAUGAGGGAGAAAGGAUGAUCACGAAACUCGAUGUGUAUCCCAUGAGCUACGCAGAAAAGGAGGAAGAACUUUCAAAGACACUACUCGAGCGAGGUCGACGCUUUGCUGAAUACCGUGAAUUUAAGCACAAAAGAUACGAAGGAUUGAGCCUCGGUGAGCCGGAGGAAGAGAUAGAAAGUGAGGUAAUCAUCGAUUUCACGCAAUCAUUCAGGCAACCCGACUAUGCAUCUCACAAACCCCAGAUAGGACUUAAAGGAGCGACGAGAGCCGACGAAAGGGAGGUGUACGAGGAUCGUUGCCCAUCAGACGAAGACCAGUGCCUGAAAGUGGAUCACAACAGUCUUGUUGAUGACACAAAAUUUGACAAGCUGCAAAUGGACAGAUUCCUCAACGUUGAGUCACAUGGAAUGUUUCUUGAAUCCCGUGGUGUUUCUCAGGUCUUGAGCGAAGACCAAAUGAUUCUUUUGCCGUAUCGUGUACAAGGCUUCUCUUUGCGAAGCCGCAAAUGGGUCCCACUGAACAUCGACCUUCUUCAAGACAUUAAGGAAAAUGAUGCUUUUGAGGGCCAGAAUGCGGGUUUCGAUGAUCUGGUCAUACCAAAUGAGUAUAAAAGGAUAGUGAAAGCUUUGGUCAAAAGUCAUGCGCUCGGCUCACGGCCCGUUGAGCACGGGGUUACACAUAGACAGCAAAUCGAUCUAGUCCGUGGAAAAGGUAAAGGCUUGAUUAUGCUACUCCAUGGUGUUCCUGGAGUCGGCAAGACAUCGACAGCGGAAAGUGUGGCAUCUUACACUGGAAGACCGUUGUUUCCUAUCACAUGCGGCGAUAUUGGGCAGACUGCUUAUGACGUUGAGAAAAACCUUGAGGGUAUAUUUCUUCUAGCCCGCAGGUGGGGAUGCGUGCUCUUACUGGACGAAGCGGAUGUUUUUCUCGCGAAGCGAGAACGGGGCGGAGACAACAUUGAUCGGAACGCCCUCGUCUCCGUGUUCCUGCGCACUCUCGAGUACUACUCCGGCAUACUGUUCCUGACUACCAACCGAAUCGGCUCUUUCGACGAAGCCUUUAAGAGCCGCAUACAUAUCUCCUUGUACUAUGCCCCACUCGACGAAAGCCAGACGUUUGAAGUCUGGGCAAUGAAUCUGAACCGGCUGAGCAAGUCAAAUCGCGAUAUAUACGUCGACAGAUCUGAGAUUGAAGCUUUCGCCAGGAGCCACUGGAAAGAUGGCAAGCGAUGGAAUGGCCGUCAGAUUCGCAAUGCUUUCCAGACAGCCGUUGCACUGGCGGAGUACGAAUUCCAUGAAAAAUGCCAAAAAUGCGAAAAGACAGGCGACAAGCCACCAUUCAGGCCGGCGCUCGAAGACCGGCACUUCCAGGCGGUGGCUAAAACGAGCGCAGAAUUCGACGACUACCUCCAGAGCGUCAUGGGUGGCCAGACUCAUGAACAAAAGGCGCAGAUCUCCGAGAUGCGAAGCGAUACAUACAACCCUGAGCGCGGCACAGACACCCUGUCGGGCAAGAAGCAUGGCUAUCAGCGAGCGGUGAGGCCCAGUCGCUCGAGCGAGCAAGCCCCUAGCCGCGACAGCGACGCUUUCGUAAAGCAAACGGUGACUCCGCCGGUCACCCCGCAGCUUUCGAAUACUGUAUCCGUAGGAGAGAGUGCGCCGCUGGACGAAGAGGAAGAAUAUAGGCAGUAUAAAGCUGAGCUGGAAAGGAAAAAACAGACGGAGAAAAUGGAGAGGUUCAGGAAAAUGCAUGAGAUGGAACAAAACGGUAAAUGA